AUGCAUUCUGGAAGCUAUCCACCACUAUUUGACACUUAUUUGCCACCCCCUCCCGCCUUCAAAAAGAAAAUCAUCAAGCUAAUGAAAAACAUCUGUCGAGUUUUGCAAACACUGCUGUUGGACUCUUCACUGAAUGAAAUGGAAACAGAUUCAAAUACUGCACAGCUGAUUGAUGCCCCCAUAGGGCAUGAAUUUGGCCCCUUCGUUGUGGAGGAUACUGAAACUAAUCAAAUCAGAAUACAAAUGAGCAAGAGCCCCGACAUCCCAUUAGAUAUGGUAAAAACAAAUGACACAGUCUUCUUUUUCAAUCUAACCGGAAGGCUGGAUCACGACAGGGUUACAAUGUAUCUGAAUAUUUUGGAAGUGAACGACGAAGUGCCAGAAUUCCAGGGUUUACCCUAUACCGUCAACAUACCAGAAAACACACCGCCGCACUUCAUUAAAACGGUCAGUGCAAUUGACAUUGACGAAGGAAUUGGAGGACAAGUCCACUAUAAAAUUGAGCCUCACACCAAGGAUGGCGGAGGGUUGAAUACCACUGUAGAUCUGUUCAUCACAGUUACUGAUUUGCAAGACACGGAUCCAUAUUUUACUGGAAUUCCCUAUCAUGCCGAAAUCAACGAAAACACACCAGUUAGUUCAAUUAUAAGUGGUUUGCAAGUUACAGCUUUUGAUGGUGAUACGGGAAUGCCAAAUCCUGUGACCUAUUCUAUAUUACAAGAUACGUGCAACGGUACAUUUACUAUCAAUGCCAAUAAUGGCACCAUGGCUGUGAAUCAUGACUUAGAUCGUGACGCGGGAAUACUCCUAACAAAUAGUGGAGCAGAAGAAGAACCAGUUAAUACUCCAAAUGGUUCAUCAACAACAACUGUGACUAUUACAGUAAAAGAUCUUGAUGACAAUUCUCCAAUAUUCAAUAAUGGUCAUUACACCGGCAACAUCACUGAAAAUACGCCAGCAGGAAUACCCGUAACUCUCGAAACAAACAUGACUGUAUCAGACAAAGACCAGGGUGACAACAGUGAGUUCGAGCUGAGCAUUGAACCAGAUGAUGUUUUUGUUCUAAUUCCCAAGAACGUUCGAUCAUCAGCGUCAGUUUCUAUAAGGGUAAAGGAUGAACAUGCACUGGACUAUGAGCAGAACACCAGAUUUGUGAUAACUGUGAAAGCCACAGAGACUAAGACGACCAGCAAGCGAAGCAGUUCCGCUACGGUGACCAUUAAUGUUAUAAACGCCAAUGAUAACGAGCCACAGUUUUCCCAACUCACAUACAGUGUGUCUGUUCCAGAGAACAUGGCGAAUGGAUCAGUAAUCACAACAAUCAACCAUUUUGAAAUAUUCAAGAUGGCGUUCAAGUUGGUUGUCAAAACAGAACUGGAGACAUCUCCAAUACCUUAUCAACAAUAA